UUUAAUUGGACCAGAUCAAGUAAAUCGAUUAUUCUGCUUCCAAAGUCAAAGUGAAUCAAAGGACUAUCAAUACCACAAUCUGUUUACAUUGAUGGUUGUGUAGGUAUGGCUAGCAUUUAGAUUUAUUUCCGGUUUGUGCGAACAACAACACGGUGCCCGUCGUUCAGCUUUUGAGGUGAGAAGGCACGUUUGUGGUUCUACACACCGUAGCUGACUUUCAGCUGCAAUGGAGGCGUUGCCACCGUGGCCGAAGGGGAAGAAGCUGGUUCACUUGGAUCUGAAAGGGGCCCCUCCUAGAAUCGAUUACCUGCACAAGCUGAUUGGAAUUUUUGCUGGUCUGGGUGCUGACGGUCUAUUGGUGGAGUAUGAAGAUAUGUUUCCCUAUGAGGGAGAGCUGAAGGUGCUGCAAGCCACUCAGCAUUCACCAUACAGUCGAGAGGAGGUCCUGUCCAUUCAGGAAGUUGCCAAGUCCCAUGGGUUGGAGGUCAUUCCACUGGUUCAGACAUUUGGACACUUAGAGUUUGUGUUGAAGCACAAGUCAUUAUGGGGCCUGAGGGAGGUCCCCCACUGUCUGGGCACUCUGAAUCCCCACAGAGAGGAGGGAGUCAGGCUGGUACAGGAGAUGCUACGCCAGGUAGUGGAGCUCCACCCUGGCAGCACCAGCGUGCACAUCGGAGCUGACGAGGUGUACCUUCUAGGUGAGGGGGAGGAGUCUAGGCGUUGGCUGAGCACACCUGGCCGUACGCUACAGCAACUGUUCCUUUUACACGUCACCAGGGUGGCAAAGGCUGUCAGGGAGACGUGGCCAAACCUCAAUGUGAUCAUGUGGGACGACAUGCUGAGAGGGAUGGACCAUGACACACUGAAAGGCAGCGGUCUGGUAGGACUGGUCCAGCCAAUGCUCUGGGACUACAACCCCACGCUAGAUGUAGAAAACACUGUGUCUCUACUGGAGAGGUACUGUGGUGCAGGGCUGUCAGAGCUGUGGGCCGCUAGCGCGUUCAAAGGUUCCACUAACGUCCACACCUGUGUGACCAACACACAGAGACAUGUUGACAACCAUCUACAGUGGCUCCAGGUGGCAGCCUCCCUGCCUAAAGGCAUAAACAUGUUGGGCAUUGCCCUCACUGGCUGGCAGAGGUAUGACCACCUGUCUGUGCUGUGUGAGUUGCUGCCCCUGGCUCUGCCCUCCCUGGCCUCUUGCCUACAGACACUCUUACACGGUCAUUUGAACCCAGAAGCACAGAGGAGGGUUAAAGACAGUUUGGGUAUCUCUUCUGUAGAUGUGGAGACCAUGGAGAGGUCUUCUGCUGGUAAUUCAGAGCUGUUCCCAGGGAGGAGGUUGGCAGAGUUGGUUGUGGAGUUAAUGGAAAUACUGCAGUCAGAAGAACUCCGCCAUUUUGAAGACAGCACGUUUGUGAGAGGCUGGUUCACUCCCUACCACAGACAGAGAAAGAUAGUCAACCCUCUUAUUGCACAGCAGUUACAGAAUCAAGCCAUGUCAUUCCUGGCACUUGUGGAAGAGAGAGUGGAGUUGGUUAGAAAGGAGAUUUUGAGUCUGUACCCAGCCUCCACAGCCCAGGAAUGGGAAGAGCAGCAUGUCAGUCCUGUGGUGGUUCCCCUCCAGAGGAUCCUGGAGGACACCAGAGCCAGCCUACUGGAGAUGGUAGCCCAGAACAUCUCAGAAUCUAUGGAUGGGCAAUAGGACCAAGCCUGGGUCACGCUGUGUGUCUGUGAGAAAGACAGAGGUCUACUGUGCAAAUGUCUUACAAAGAAAUCUACGGGGAGAUCGGAAUGAUCCCAUUAUUAUUUUUUAAAAAGCAACUUUUAUUUUGAAAAACAAAAUCGCAUUAAUCAAAAAAUGCAUGUAUGAAAGUAAAAAAAGGCAAAUCAGUAUCUGCUGUCAUUCAGCAACAUCCACCAACUAUAAAUCCAUUACAAAACCUUUAACUUACAAA